AUGCAAAUGAUCGGCACUUUCAUUGGUGCUAUUUUCAAUUAUAUCAUGAUGAACAGCAUUGUCGCCAAUCAGCGAGAGAUUCUUCUGUCGGUCGAAGGUACCAACAUUUGGUCUGGCCAACAGCCCCAGCAGUACAAUACCUUGUCCGUCGCAUGGGGAGGUCUAGCCCACGAGUUGCUGUCUGUCGAUUCGCGCUACCAGUGGUGUAGUAUCAUCAUCCUUGUUGGCUUUAUAACGCCACUUCCUUUUUACUUCCUCCACUAA